UCAUGGCUCCGUUAAGCCAGCCCUCCUCUAUCCAGACAUCCAUCUAUCCAGCCGCACAUGCUCAGAGCUCCAGCUCCGCGCUCCGCGUCUCCUCCGUGCGGCCUGUGCGCGCGGACCCCGCCGCAGAAACGCUCGCGCGCACUCAUGUGUCUCAUGGAGCUCGUGUCUCGUUUGCGUUUGACUUCACCAUGCACUUUAGGAUUUCAAUAAGAUGUACGUGUGUUUCGUGAUAACCAUUUUGCUGCUUUCUUGCAACUUCUGCUUCUUCGUUUAUACUCAGGACCCCUCCUGCUGCCAUCAUGCUGCAGAUCUCUAUCCACAGUGCAGGGAAGCAUGUGAACAGCUCGCGACCAUUAGAAGUGAAUCACGUCUGAGGCAUCUUCUCGUACGUUUGCCAAGUUACUGCCCAGAGACGUUGAGUGAACUUUGGAUCUGCAUCAACAAUACAUUACCAGGGGCGUCAAAGAAAUUAGAUGGUUGGGUCGGCUUGGGAUGUUGUGAGCUGGCCAUCUCGGGUGAAUGUCGGAGGGAUUGUAAGCAGGCAUCAUCUAAAAAUGACAUCACAAAAGUAUGCAAGAAAGACACAGAGAAACCACUCUACAGCUGUAUCACCAAAAAUGAAAUGGGCUCAGUAUGCUGCAGUUAUGCAGGGAGACACACAAACUGUCGUGAAUACUGUCAGGCCAUCUUCCGCACAGAUUCGUCGCCCACCGUCUCACAGAUUAACGCUGUCAAAGAGUACUGCCAGAGCAUCAGUCCACAGCUUAUCAGCUGUGUGGCCAACUAUACCAAAUCCUACCCAAUCAAAAGCCCUAUUGACAGUUUAUACUGCUGUGACCGGGCAGAGGAGGCCCAUUGUCAGACGGCCUGCAAGCGAAUCCUUAGCUCCCUGACCACUGAGCAGGAGAUCAUGGAGGGGUUGAUAACAGAAUGUGGCAGUCAGCCGCUCCCACAGGACCCGCUGUGGCAGUGCUUUCUGGGUAGCGCCCACCCUCCCACCAGUCCUGACCCAGAAUUUCCACCGAUCGGCAAGAUGGACUGUGCUAAACUCCACUGCUGCUCCAAAGCCAAUACUUCCCUCUGCAGGGACAUGUGCAUGGAGAUCAGCACCAACUGGGGCACGCAGACGUGGCAGGAGUUUGAUCAGCGUUGUGAAUAUAACCCUGUAGAGAUGGACCUCAUCACCUGCCUGGCUGAUGUGCGAGAGCCGUGUCAGUUAGGCUGCAAAGAUUUGACCUACUGCACCAACUUUAACAACAGGCCAACCGAGCUGUUUCGAAGCUGCAACAUUCAAUCGGAUCAAGGUGCCAUGAAUGACUUCAAAUUGUGGUCCAAUGGAACCAUCAAGAUGCCCUUUAUGAACAUACCUGUGCUGGACAUCAGAAAAUGUCAACCGGAGAUGUGGAAAGCGGUGGCGUGUGCCCUACAAAUCAAACCGUGCUAUAGCAAAUCUAGAGGGAGCGUCAUUUGCAGGUCAGACUGUGUGGACAUCCUGACCCAGUGUGGGGAUCGAAAACGUUUUCUUGAAGGACAGACCCCAGAACGGAUCUGUGACCUGCUGUCUCCAACAGAUGAUCCAGAGCGUUGUAUUCCUUUGAGGAGAUACCUCGACCCCAGUCCAUUUGAAAACGUUAUUGAAGAGUUGAUCCAUCCUUGCAACCCUAAUCCAUGUCCAAGCAGCCAUCUUUGUGAAGUCAACAGGAAAGGCUGUCAUCCAGGACAAGACUGUCUGCCUUACUUCUGUGUACCUGGCUGUAAAUUAGGUGAAGCUUCUGAGUUCUUGGUCCCCUUGGACGCUCGCAUUCAAGUGCCCACCCGGAACAGACAGGUGGGCUGCUAUGAGGUUUGCACCUGCGGUCAGAGCGGUCGUCUUGAGAACUGUGCCGAUAUGCCAUGUUUGGACACCACCAAGACCUGCUUAAUUUCAGGACAAAGGAAAAGUCAUGGUACGUCCUUCCGGGUCGACUGCCAUCAGUGUUCCUGUUUCACAGGUGAUACCAUCUGCUCAUCUCGCCAGUGCCUGAAGUCAGACAGCUCGGAUGAGGAACGGCUCUUAUUCACGGGACUUCCCUGUGGCUGUGCUGAUCAAUUUGUGCCUGUGUGUGCAUAUAAUGGACGCACAUAUCCCAGCGCCUGUGUUGCACGCUGUGUCGGCUUUCGAGACAAUCAGUUUGUUUUUGGAUCGUGCAGAAGCAUCAAUCCUUGCUCUUCAAAUCCCUGCCAAAGAAACCAAAGGUGCAUACCUAAACGUCAGGUGUGUUUAGCAGAUCACUCCGAGUAUCCCUGCCCACAGUAUGAGUGCAUUUCUCGUCCAUCCAGCUGUGACCAGAACCAGCUGGAUCCAGUCUGUGACACAGACAACAUGGAGCACGCCAAUCUGUGUCUGCUGUACUUUCGGAGCAAGACCCUGGCAUACAUGGGUCACUGUCAGGAUUCGUGCAGGAGGCCCAGAGAGGUGUGUGGCCACAAUGGUGAAACCUACAGCACAGUGUGUGAAGCUUUCUCAGACCGUGUUGCUGUGGACUAUCAGGGUCGCUGUCACGCAGUCGGGACCGUGUCGGAGUUCACAUCGGACUCGGGGUGUAACGCUGUGCCCUGCCCUCCUCUUUCCACAAAGGGCUGCAAUCCUGUCACACCGCCUGGCGCAUGCUGUCCCGUGUGUGCAGGUAUGCUACAGAUCCUGUGGAACAAAGCACAGAUGAAUAUGUUUGCCAAGCUGAACAGGAAUAAUCCCGUGACGGUUCACAACAUCCUGAAAACCCUACGGCUGCACAUCUCUGUUCCUCAGUGUGACAUCUUUGGGUAUCUGAGCAUCGAUUCGGACAUUAUCAUCCUUAUAGUUCCUGUUGAUCAGCAGCCUACACCUCUGCAGAUUGAAGCAUGCAGUAAAGAGGCAGAGAAGAUCGACUCGCUCAUAAACUCGGGAAGCCCCACGCUGGUGUCGCACGUUCCUCUGUCUGCCUUCCUCAACUCUGAAGUCAAACUUUCCACCGUAAGCUCGGCUGCUACGACCCUACGGCCUCUCUGUCUCUUUCUGUUUCUUUUCCCUCUCCUACUUUUUAUAACAGGAACACCAUUUUCUUCUUAACUGCUGUUGCCAAGCAACAUCAUCUCCUGUUUGACCUCUAAACUUCAGAGGUCAUGUCAGGAAGACGUAUCAGUCGACAAUCAUGACACUGCAAACUGAUAAGGACAAUCAAAUUCUGACCACGGAAGAGUUUGGACUUUAAGAAAUAACUUUUUCUUUUACCAAUUAAGGACUUCCUCGAAUAGAAACUGUGCUGUGACGUCUUGCAAAGCCAAUACGUAAGCUUUGGAGACGGUCACGGGAAAAAAGGAAAUGAAAGACACACGAACAGCGGAAAAAAACGUUCUUAUGGUUUAGAUGCAAAAGAUUUGCUGCUUUUAGAUGUCUCACUGAUCUAAAUACUCAUGCACAUAUCAGCUUACAAAAUAUUGUUGUACCUUAGUAGCAAAAACCUGAAAUCAUGAAAUCAAGAAAAACGAUCUUUCAUACAGAGCUAAAAUAUAUAAAAAAUGUUUUAUUGUUCCUUUCUUUUCGAUUAAUUUUAACACACACACUGCCAAAAAUGUCUUAAUCAGUAUUAUUGUGGUUUUGUCAUGUGGUGAAUAUAUCUAAACAUCCUAAAAACAAGAUCAAGUUAUUUUUACAUUAAAGAAAUUUCUGUUUUGUAUUUUUUAUCCCAUUGUUUAUUUUGUUACAUACACAGCCUUAUGAUUUUUAAAAACUUAACUACACAUUGUAAAAAAGAAAAAACGU